AUGUCCGACCAUCUCAGUCUAAGACAGAUCUUGACCGGGUCCCAGUACUCGUCGCAGCACGUGUCUGCGCCGCAGUCGCGUGCUGGCUCCCAUCCAGCAAGCAUUGCAGAAUCUUCAACAAGUUCUGUGUCGUCGCUUCCACGUGAUAUGGAGCAAGGCGCGCCUUCCUUUGCUGGAGCACAAUCUUUCACAGGCCGCUCUUCCCAUCGUGCAAGCUCUAUUUAUCGCCGUGGUCAAACGCAAUACAUCACUUCUCCAUAUGAUUUGGCCACGAUUGCCGGGUCUAUCACUGCACCGGGCGUACAGCAGUACCAAGCUCCCAUUCAAGAGAUCAUCCCCAAUACACAAGAUGCAGUGUAUUCGCAAUACGAACGUGUUUCCGUAGCUCCACCUACAACACGUCUCUCUAAAAAACUUUCGCUUCUAACGGGCCAUGUUCCCGAAGAGUACGAAAUGGACGAUCAAAUGCAUCAUUAUCAAGCCUCCACAACAACCGGUGGCGGUGCCUCGCGUGCCGCCCCGACUAUUGGUCAACAGAUAUACACUGAAUUGGAUUUGGGCGGCGACGCCUUCGAACCAAUCCCCAUGAUGGUCAAAACCAAGACUUUGCAUCAAAACCCUCAAACACCAACAGUGCUACCUUCCACAUACCGCCCUAUCAACCGUUGGGCCAUGAUCCGUCACACUUAUUUGCGUGAAUUCUUGGCAGAGUUUCUAGGGACCAUGAUGAUGAUGGUCUUCGGUGAUGGGAUUUGUUGUCAAGUCAACCUGGGUGCGCAAAUUCAGAAAAACCAAUAUGAAAACCAAUUGAUCACCCUUCAACAGGCAGGUGUCAUCGACAGUAACACUGUCCAAUUAUGGAAGACUCUUGAAAAAAUCGCUGCACCAUCAUCUGCCGGUACCGCCACAAACAUCCCUCUGGGUUGGGCCUGUGGUGUCAUUUCUGCAUACUUCAGUGCCGGUGGUAGUUCCAUCUCCGGUGCUCAUUUGAACCCUGCAAUCACUCUUGUAAGUGCUGUGUUCCGUGGAUUCCCCUUCCGUAAAAUUCCCAUCUAUUUCAUCGGCCAAUUCCUCGGAGCCUUUAUAGGCGCCUACGUCGUUUACGCUUACCACAAGAGAGUCAUCCAAGAGGCUUACCCUGACGAUUGGUGGAAGAAUCAAAGUGUUAUGUCUAAUUUUUUUGUGUUCCCACAGAGUUUCCUUAGUGUGCCUCGUCAAUUCGUCUCCGAGUUCAUGUCCACUGCUAUUCUAUUAAUCGGUAAUUUCGCCAUGUCGGAUCCUUACACCUGUUUGUCCACCGAAUUAUUCCCCGUCACUCUUUUCUUGCAUAUUUUGGUUGUCAAUAUGUCCCUUUCAUACCAGACCGGGUGUGCAAUGAAUCUGGUCAGAGACUUGGGGCCCCGUCUUGCUCUAUAUACAAUGGGGUUCGAACGUCAUAUGAUUUGGGUGCAACACCAUCAUUUCUUUUGGGUCCCCAUCGUCGCUCCCUUCUUUGGUGCCUUGAUGGGUGGUCUUAUCUAUGACGUUUGUGUUUAUCAAGGUCAAGAAUCCCCGGUGAAUUGGCCAUUGGCGGUUUACAAAGAAUGGUGCUUACGUGUUUGGCACAAGAGACCAGGCUACAAGACACGUCUCCGUCAACGUCAAGUGAGUAGUUUCAGCGGUAUGAGUAGUUUUGUACGUGACGACGAUCUGGACCACCACCCAGAUUUCGAUGGCAAUAUGGAGGAAGCCACACCUCUUGCACAACCACCAAUGCCUCAGAACGUCUCUGCAACUUCAACUGACCCAUCCCAAAUCCAUCCAACUCAAAAACAUGUCCAAUUUGAAAACGUUGGCGCAAGUAGGUACAGUUGGGAAAGUGAAGGAGCUACCAUGGAUAGUGACUCGAUGUUGGAGACCCCAAGUGUAUUGGACUCCAUCAAAGAUGGCGACGCUACAAGCAGCAGUGGUAUGCCCACUCUAAAGGAAUCUUCAUCAACACAUUCUUCUACAUAA